AUGGCAUCGAUGAAAGCGAUAGGCGUCAAGGGCGGCAAAGGACCGGCCGAUGCGAUGUUCAUGGAUACAAUCAGCCGGCCGGUACCAACCGGAAGCCAGGCUCUUGUUAAAAUCAAGGCAUUUGGACUCAAUCGCAUGGAUCUACUCCAGAGAGAGGGUAGAUAUCCUGUCCCACCAGCGGCACCUACCACAAUGGGAGUAGAGUUUUCCGGAAUCAUCGAGGAGCUCGCUGAGGCGCAGAGCGAUUUCAAGGUUGGCGAUGAGGUUUUCGGUCUUGCAUAUGGAGGUGCUUAUGCAGAGUACAUAUCUGUCUCCACGCGGAUGCUCAUCCACAAACCUUCACAUAUGUCUUGGGAGGAAGCUGCAGGAGUCCCAGAAACCUGGAUAACUGCGACACAAGCAUUGAACCUGAUUGGAGAAUUUCAAUCCGGGAAAUCUGUCUUGUGGCACGCUGGUGCUUCGUCUGUAUCCAUUGCGGGUAUUCAACUCUCCAAAGCACUCGGGGCCAAGGAAGUCUUCGUCACGGCAGGAUCACAGGACAAAAUUGACUUCUGUGUCAAUGAGCUCGGCGCUACGGCGGGCUUCAACUACCACACCCAGGACUGGGCCAAGGGGAUUUUGGAGGCCACUGGAGGCAAGGGAGUUGACCUGAUUGUUGACUUCGUUGGGGCAAACUAUUUCGGUCAGAACUUGGUUGCUGCUGCGCGAGACGGCCGCAUUGUCUUGCUAGGGCUGAUGAGUGGCGCUGAACUCCCUGCAGGCGUUAACAUCGGACCCAUUCUCCUCAAGAGACUUAGAAUUGAAGGUAGCACUUUACGGAGUCGCGACGAAGGAUACCAAGAGAAGCUGCGAAACCUCCUGGUUGAAAAUGCCCUACCAAAGUUCAAGGAUGGUAAAUUCAAUAUCUUCAUCACAAAGGUUUUGCCAUAUGACCAGAUCAUUGAAGCACACAAGCUGCUGGAGAGCAAUCAGACAAAGGGCAAGAUUAUAUUGACAGAAGAAGCCGAGCAUUCCCGGAAAAAGCUAAAGACAAAGUCGGGCGAACGUGCCGAAGAUACGCCGCAUUCGCAUGAAAAGAAGAAAAAGAAGGACAAGACCAGCAGCGCAAGUUUAUCCGAGCCCAAAAAUGCAGCGGCAUCAGUCUCCGAGGAGACAGUUCAAGAGUACUUGAAAUCAAACACGAUCGAAAUCACCGAUCCAUUAAACAAGGAAAAGCCUCCGCAGCCGAUUAUCUCGUUUGAUCAGCUGCCAGAUCCUGAAAACAUCCUGUACCAACCGCUCAAGAAUUUCCCAGCACCGACUUCCGUACAGGCCGCUACAUGGCCAUUGCUAUUUGAUGGCCGGGAUGUGAUAGGCAUUGCUGAAACGGGCAGUGGAAAGACCCUGGCCUUUGGUUUACCAUGCCUCAAAAAAAUGGUCGACUCGAAGAAGAAGACGAAGCCCUCCCACCCACGAGCUGUCAUUCUCUCGCCCACCAGAGAGCUUGCGAUGCAAAUAUACGAACAACUCGAGGGAUAUGCUCCGAAGGUCGGAGUUAAAGUCACAUGUAUCUAUGGAGGUGUUAGGAAGGAUGAGCAACGAGAGGCGUUGAAAGAUACUGCGAUUGUCGUUGCUACACCUGGUCGGUUGAAAGAUCUUCAGGCAGAAGGCGCAGUCAAUCUCUCAAAGGUGAAGUUCCUCGUUCUCGAUGAAGCAGAUAGGAUGUUGGACAAGGGCUUUGAACAAGACAUCAAAGAUAUCAUUGGCCCCAUGCCCGUUUCUAGGAGACAGACUGCCAUGUUCACUGCCACAUGGCCCGUUUCUGUCAGAAAUCUAGCUAAUAGCUUCACGCACGACCCGGCUAUGGUCACUGUUGGCGGCAAACCGUCAGAAGAUCCUCGUGCAAAUACCCGUAUAAAGCAGGUUGUCGAAGUGCUAGAUCCCAGAGAUAAAGAAAACAGGCUUGUACAGAUUCUAGGAAAACUGCAAAAGCAAUCCGCUCAAGACAAGAUCUUGGUCUUUUGUCUAUACAAGAAGGAGGCUAUGCGAAUUGAAAGACUCAUCCAAUCGAGAGGCUACGCAGUGGCAGGUAUUCACGGUGACCUGAGCCAAAGUGAUAGAUUCAAGAGUCUUGCGUCUUUCAAAUCUGGCGCAGUCACUAUCCUGGUUGCUACGGAUGUUGCAGCCCGUGGUCUGGACAUCCCAGCAGUGAAGACAGUGGUCAAUGUCACAUUCCCUUUGACCAUUGAGGAUUAUGUGCAUCGCAUUGGACGAACUGGACGAGCUGGUGCCGAUGGCCAUGCUAUCACUCUUUUCACGGAAACUGAUAAAGCCCACUCAGGAGCUCUGAUAAAUGUCUUGAAGGCAGCAAAGCAAGAUGUUCCCGACUCGCUGUUCAAGUUCGGAACUACUGUGAAGAAGAAGCAGCAUGAUGCAUAUGGAGCCUUUUUCAAGAGCGUUGAUGAGACCAAAACGGCAACCAAGAUUACUUUUGAUGAUUAA